UUAUAAAAUAAUGGAAUUGCUUCUUCUUCUGCUCAUUUCUGCUUCUUAUCUCUUGUGUUGCACGCAGGUUGGAGUUGUAGGAAACCAAGAUGCUGCUCCUCUUCCUUCUGAAAUCUUCUGGAAACAAAAGUUGCCAAACACUCGUAUGCCAGCUAUACUUCACGAGCUGUUGCAUCCGGCAGCUGAUCAACAAGGAAAGCCAUCGACGCGCACAAACACUAUUUCGACACAGCCAAACUUCCAAAAAUACUCAAAAAGGCCGCCUUUGCAACAGUUAAGCAUCAGCGACUACACAAAAAAGUUAAAAUCUCGACAACUACUCCCAGCAUCUCGGCAAAAUCACCAUUCCAAAUGACAGUGCUGCGACAAAUAGACAACUCUUAGAUAGUUCA